UGGGUCUUUGCGUCCAAGUCUACCUUUCAAAUGGGGAGUUGUAACAGCAUACCUUCAUCGUCGCCCUUUGCCGCCACGUCAGCCGGCGGAGAAAGCGAUCCACCGGCGCCGAAAAAUGACAUCACGGUCCUUCCGCCGUCUCAACCUCCCCCUCCACGCCCCUUCCUCUCGGGCGUGGGGCGCGUGCUUGGGCGCCCCAUGGAGGACGUCCACUCCACCUACAUUUUUGCGGGGGAGCUAGGUCGGGGACAGUUCGGGGUCACCUACCUAGUCACCCACCGCAAGACGCGCGAUCGGCUCGCGUGCAAGUCAAUCGCCACGCGCAAGCUUCUCUCCAAGGACGACGUUGACGAUGUCCGGCGUGAGGUCCAGAUUAUGCACCACCUCACCGGCCACCGCAACAUCGUCGAGCUCAAGGGAACCUAUGAGGACCGCAACCACGUCCACCUAGUCAUGGAGCUCUGCGCCGGCGGCGAGCUCUUCGACCGUAUCAUCGCCAAGGGCCACUACUCCGAACGCGCCGCCGCCGGCCUCUGCCGUCAGAUGGUUACCGUUCUCCACUACUGUCACUCUAUGGGGGUUAUGCACCGCGAUUUGAAGCCUGAGAAUUUCUUAUUCUUAAGCUCCGAUGAGAAUUCGCCAUUAAAGGCUACUGAUUUUGGCUUAUCAGUCUUCUUUAAACCAGGAGAUACAUUCAAGGACCUUGUAGGUAGUGCAUAUUAUGUGGCUCCUGAAGUUUUGCGCAGAAAUUAUGGACCUGAAGCCGAUAUUUGGAGUGCUGGAGUGAUACUGUACAUUUUACUCAGUGGAGUUCCCCCAUUUUGGGGAGAGAAUGAGCAGGGUAUCUUUGAUGCUGUUCUUCGGGGACAUCUAGAUUUUUCUUCUGAUCCUUGGCCAUCAAUAUCUAGUAGUGCUAAAGAUCUUGUUAAGAAGAUGCUACGUUUGGAUCCCAAAGAAAGACUUUCUGCUACUGAUGUCCUGAAUCAUCCUUGGAUGAGAGAAGAUGGUGAUGCAUCUGACAAGCCUAUUGACAUUGCUGUCUUAAGUAGAAUGAAACAGUUCCGUGCUAUGAACAAGCUCAAGAAAGUAGCUCUUAAGGUAAUUGCUGAAAAUCUUUCUGAAGAAGAAAUUAUUGGUUUGAAGGAAAUGUUCAAAUCAAUAGACACAGAUGACAGUGGCACAAUUACUUAUGAAGAACUGAAAGCUGGUCUUACAAAAAUGGGCACCAAGCUCUCAGAGUCAGAAGUGAGGCAAUUGAUGGAAGCGGCUGAUGUUGAUGGAAAUGGAACUAUUGAUUAUCUUGAGUUCAUCACAGCUACGAUGCAUAUGAACCGUAUGGAAAGAGAAGACCACUUGUACAAGGCUUUCGAGUAUUUUGACAAGGACAAGAGCGGGUAUAUUACUAAGGAAGAAUUGGAGCAUUCCCUGAAGAAAUACAACAUUACAGAUGAAAAGACAAUAAAGGAGAUCAUUGCAGAAGUUGACACAGAUAACGAUGGGAAAAUCAAUUAUGAUGAAUUUGUGGCAAUGAUGAGGAAAGGCACCCCUGACUUGGUCACUAAUAGGCGUCGUAGAUGAAACCAUGAAAGAAACAAAAAUAUUUUUGUGUCGUGUUGCAUUGUGCACAGGUGAUACUCGAUUUGUUCUGUGUUCAGCAAUUUGGAUAUGUGCAUGGGAAUGUACAUGGUUUUCUGUACCCAUCCAUCUCUCAUUGUGGAGGGAGAGCAAGAUAUACAGUCUGCUUGCUAAAGUGUUUUCUUUGAGAGGUUCUGCUGCUGGGCUGAUCAGAGAUAGGAUAUACAACUGGGAGAGGAAGAUCUGUUCAUACACAUACUCAGUUAUACAUUGUAAAUUGUACACUUCAAUGUUGUUUACUCUCUUUCAAAUAAAAUAAAAUAAAAAAUCAGGUUUUUGUGUGUA